AUGAGUCAAUACCCAGCCUACGAUGACCUUCCGAUCCUAACAGCAAAUGAAAAAGCCAAACGCUGUGCGUGGGGAGUGUUCGACAAAGACGGACGCAAGGAUGUAUACGGCUGUCUGAACAAAGUCACACCGGCGGUCGUAGCAAAGGCGGCUGCUGAAGUCACGGAUGGCGUGACAAUAUCGCUCAAUUGGCCCCUCCGUGUUAGCCCCAAACCUGGCUUUGGGCGUAAGGGACUGAGCCAUAAAGUGAUUUCUUUUGUCGACUCGCCGCUGCAGAUCCAUGGGUUCGAUGAUGAGGUUGAGUUUAAUACGCAGUGUAGUUCACAGUGGGAUGGGCUGUGCCAUUUUUACGACCAGGAUCUGAAGCGUGGGUACAACGAUGCGGAUCCCACAAUCCAGGAUCUCGUGCAGGACUACGGAGACGACGACGGCGACGGACGACUUCCCACGCUGAACCAUUGGCAUGCACGAGGCGGCCUCGCAACACGCGGCGUCCUGAUCGACUACAAGUCCUACGCAGAGCGAAAAGGACUCAGCUACUCGCCCUUUACUGCCCACAAAAUCACCAUCUCGGCAAUCGAGGAGAUCGCCCAUGAGAACGGGAUCCGAUUCCAGCCAGGCGAUGUGUUUAUCCUCCGUACUGGCUUCACCGAAGCAAUCGAGGAAAUCGCAGACGCAGCAGAGCGGACACGCUUGGCCAGUUCCCCGGACAGCGCUGGGGUGGAGGAUAACAUAGAUGCCGUCCGGUGGUUCUGGAAUCGCCACUUCAGUGCCGUCGCGGCAGAUAACCCGGGGUUUGAGGUCAUGAGACCGACCAAGGACGGGGUUGAUGCGAGUGGGACGACGGCUGAUUAUGUAUUGCACCCCAACUUCCUGGCGCUGCUAGGCCUACACAUUGGCGAGCUGUGGGAUCUCAAGGCACUGCGCCUGUGGAUCUCCACCAAACGCCAUGGCUUUAUUUUAGCAUAG